AUGUCCAAUUUUAUCUAUCCUCCUCUCGACGCCGAAAAGCUUGACCAUGCCACGUUUCUGCCCGAGUACAACACCCCAGCAAUGGAUCAUUCACGACGCAACAUGAAUGAUGCUGCCGAUAUUGAGAAGCAGAGCACUGGCAACACAACCGACAACAACGUUCCACUGGAAAGCACGUACUCUCUACUUCGGAAGGUCGCAUUCCUUGCGGCCUACUUCUUCUUGAAUCUAGCCUUGACGAUAUCAAACAAAGCCAUAUUAGGCAAGGCGAAAUAUCCAUGGCUGCUUACGACAAUGCAUGCAUCUAUAACCUCGUUUGGGUGUUUCAUGCUCCUCGGAUCCGGGCACAUGAAGGCGAGACGUCUCAGUAGACAGGAAAGCCUGACAGUGGUUGCAUUUUCUGGCCUGUUUGCGCUGAACAUUGCGAUGUCGAACGUUUCCCUUGCUGCGGUAUCAAUACCCCUUCACCAAAUCAUGCGUUCGACCUGUCCAGUGGUGACAAUCGCGAUCUACUGGCUCGUUUACAAGCGAAGCUAUUCAAAGGAGACGUAUCUUUCCAUGAUACCAUUGAUUCUUGGGGUUGGGGUUGCGACAGCAGGCGACUAUUACUGCACGCUAGGCGGGUUUCUGCUUACCGCGACCGGUGUCGUGCUGGCUGCUAUCAAGACAAUCGCCACGAACCGGCUAGUCAGCAAUUUUUCACCAAUGGAGGUGCUUCUUUACAUGUCCCCACUUGCGGCGGCACAGUGCGUAGUUUACGCAUUCGCAGCAGGCGAGGUCCAGCGGGUUAGAUUGGACAUGGCUGCAGGCACGUAUCGCACGUCCGAGUGGAAAUUCUUUCUGGGUCUACUAAUGAAUGCUUCUACGGCAUUUGCAUUGAACAUUGUCUCCUUUCAAACGAACAAGGUGGCUGGAGCAUUGACGAUCUCAGUCUGUGGCAACGUCAAGCAAGCCUUGACAAUCAUGCUUGGAGUCGUACUGUUCAGCGUGCCGAUGGGGCGCAUGAACAUUGUGGGCACGCUUAUAACAGUGGUCGGUGCUGCAUGGUUUAGCAAGGUGGAACUGGACAAUAAGAAGAUUCGGAGUACAAAGUGA